AAAAAACUGAAACAAAGUAACCGUUGCUGUGAUCAGACGUUAUUCCCGUGACGUCAGUCUCCGUGCUGUUGCGCAUGCGCAGUGUGCCGGGGCUCUCCCUCUCUCUCUCUCUCUCUCUCUCUCGGGCAGGGCGCGGAUCGGUGCACCGGAGCGGCGGCUCUGCUGUUUCUAUGGUGAAGAUGGCGGCGCCUGGGCUGAGCGGCCGGAGCGGAACAGCGAGCAGCAGCAGCAGCCCGACCGCGGCGGCCAACACCAGCAUCAGCCAGCGGCUCGUGUGCGCGCCGGAGCUCGACUUCAGGUCCGGGAGCAGGAUGGACGAGCUGAACCGACUGAUCCUGGAAUUCAGCAGACACGACCAGCGCGAGUACGACGACCAGCGCGCGCUCGAGAUCCACACGGCCAAGGACUUCAUCUUCUCCAUGCUCGGCAUGGUGCAGAAGCUUGACCAGAAGUUGCCCGUUGCUAACGAGUACCUGCUUUUGUCGGGUGGAGUCCGCGACGGCGUUGUGGACAUGGAUCUGGAUGAACUAGGGGCGUAUAACCGUGGCUCAGAUUAUGACAUGGCCUUCACGUUGCUCGUCCCUGCGCUGAAGCUGCAUGACCGCAACCAGCCCGUCACGCUGGACAUGCGGCACUCUGCACUGGGUCACUCCUGGCUCAGCCUGCGGUUAUUUGACGAAGGCACCAUUACGCGCUGGAGGGACUGCUGCAUGAUGGCGGACCACAUAAACGGCACCACUAACUACUUCUUCUCACCCACGCUGGUGGCUGACUGGUUUCAGGAAGCGGUGGCGCUGGUGCUGGCCGAGGUGCAGCGCAAGCCGCAGCGGGGGAUGCCGAGGGUGGAACGGGUGGAGCGUCACAGCACGCUUCUCUCGAUGAUCCUUGGGGUGGGCAGCAGCCGUAUGCUUUAUGACAUUGUACCAGUAGUGUCAUUCAAAGGCUGGCCUGCGGUUGCUCAAAGCUGGUUGAUGGAAAAUCACUUCUGGGACGGAAAGAUCACUGAGGAGGAGGUCAUAAGUGGUUUCUACUUGCUUCCAGCUUGCUCGGUUUCAGGUCGUAGGGAAAAUGAAUGGCGGUUAUCCUUCGCCCGAAGUGAGGUUCAGCUAAAAAAGUGUAUCUCACCAGGCUUAAUGCAAGCAUACCAAGCGUGUAAAGCUAUUAUUGUGAAGAUGCUCGCUCAGCCCAUGGCCGUUGGCCCCUACCACUUGCGCAGCAUAAUGCUAUGGGCCUGUGACCGCCUUCCAGCAAACUACUUGGCGCAAGAAGACUUUGCUGCCCACUUUUUGCUGGGUCUCAUCGACGACUUGCAGCACUGCCUCGUCAACAAAAGCUGCCCCAAUUAUUUCAUUCCGCAGUGCAACAUGCUGGAGCACCUGUGCGACGAGACAGCGAUGUUUCACGCCCGCAAACUUGCCCUGGUGCGCUCCGACCCAGCUGAACACCUUCGUGCAACUAUCGAGCAAGCCAAGAGUGCCAACCGCUUGACGCAAGAAAUGCAGAGGCGUGGGAGUUCCUCCGGCCUGCCUUCUCCGCAGAACGACACCACUUCUUCUGAGCACCAACAACCCGAUGACCGGCUAGCCAAAAAGCUCCAGCAGCUGGUUACAGAGAACCCAGGCAAGUCCAUCUCGGUGUUCAUUAACCCAGAUGAUGUCUCAAGACCACACUUCCGCAUCGAUGAUAAGUUCUUUUAAGAACCAGGGAACUCUUUUGUGCUACCAGUGGAUUCGCACAGAGAUCUUCUGUCCGGUGUGGUAGUGGAGAAUGUUCUUUGGGAGGAAUGUGGACUGAAACUGGGGUCUAAGCAGCAUCCUAACGCCUUCUCUUAGUAAUUUUUUUCUGAGGUGUACUCGGACAUGCAAAAGUGCUGUGCACAGCCUACUGCAUUGUAUAUGAAACUUUUUGUUUUGUUUUUGCCAUAUUCAGGCAAGAAAUUGCUGCAGCAUCUAGGGACUAACGAAUACUGAAUAACAAAACUAUUUCCUGGCUAGUCUUUCAUAUGCUUUCUAUCAUGUUCAAUCUUUGUGUUUCUUUAAUGGAUGAUUGAACAAUAUCCAAAAAAAUAAUAAUCUUUUUUCGAAAUGAUAGUACGUCCAAAAAGGCCAAAAAUGUUUUUUUUAUAUCUGGCUAAUGGAGAACACUCAGAAUACAUCUUUAAGUGCAAUUAAUGAAAAGUACAAUUACAGCAAAAGGCUUUUGUACAAGCUGCAUCUGUUUUUCUUUUUCGGGUCAAAAGAAUGCAACUUUAAUAUUUGUCUGCUGUUCAAGAUCUCCAAGCAUUGCUGCUAUCAAAAAUGUCAGAAAUUUCAUUAAAACAAAAUCAUUUCACUUUUUGAAAUUGCCACCAGUGAUUUUUGUAAUCAAUUAAAACAUGCAUCAUUCAUAAGGAAAAGCAUCAUUUAUCCAAAAGAGUGCGAUUUGAAGAGGACAUCUGAACUACGACAGAGCUCCAAGAGAAUUCUAGUUCGCCAGUAUUGUAUCACAAACCACUGUAUAUGAAUGUGUUUUUUUUUAGAUGUUGUAAACUAAAAAUAUCUUUUAAUUUUGCACAAAAUUGACUAGAACCUGCACUUUCUGGCAACCUGCAGCAGCUCGUGAUGAUGGGUGUUGGAGGGGUAAAGCAUCAUUAAAAAUAUAGACUUGAACAAAAUGCUGUCACAUUUGAUUUGCUAUAGGCUAUCUAGUAAAUUGUAAGAGUAUCCCUCUAAUUUGCAAUUGAGUUAAUAAGGCAUAGUCAUCCAGCAUACUGCCUAGUAGCCCACUUUUAGUGUCUUUCAGCAAACUUUCAAACCCAACAUAAAAAAACACCACAAAAUUCCUGAAAGCAACGCUGAAGCAUUGACGGUUCUCAGCCUUUGCAUGAUUAAACAAGAUCACCAGCGUGACUGCAAACGCGUUUUUGAUGUAUGAUCAUUAUUCUCACCAACAUUCCCUUCUCGGUUUACAAUCUGGCUGUUUUUAAGCUAACUUUGGCAACCCUGUAUUUAACUGUCUUGUCUAUUUUUGCACAAACCAGGCAACCCUGCCUUUAGCUUUUCUAUUUUUACCCAAUUCUGGUAACCCUGCGCUUAAUUAUCCUGGCUAAUUAUCCUGGCUGUUUUUUUUUCCCGCCUGAAAACCCAAUCUUUAUCUCUCCUGGCUGUUUUGAGCAAUCCUGGCAACCUUCUUUAACUGCUCUGUCAAUAUUUGCUCAAUUCUGGCAAACCUGUCUUUAACUGACCAGCUUAUUUUGCAAAAAAAAAAUUGGCAACCAGCCUUCUUCUUCUUCGUGUUCCUGGUGGUUGGCGUCCACCAUGUUGCAUUACCGCCACCUGCUGGUCUUGGUGUCCCUCAUCUUCCUUUCAGUUUAACCCUAUUUACUAGUCCCGUCACCCCACAACUCUUUUUCUGUUCAAGUAGUUUUAACAUAAAUCUGGCAAUGCAGUUUUUAACUUUCCAGUUAAUUUUUGCGCAAAUGUGGAAACUCUGUCUUUUAAAAAGCGUUUUUUUUUUUUUCUGCAAACCUGGCAACGUUGUCUUUACCUGACAUGUCUAUCUUUGCUCUAACCUGGCAACCCAUCUUUAACAGGUCCCGUCAAUGCUUGUAUAAAUCUGACAAUGCUGUCUUUAACUGGCCUGACUGCUGCAUGGGGCAGCGUGAGUCUUUCCUCAAUGGGCCACUAUUAGCAUUUGUUGUAGUCCCCACUAAGACCACUAGGUGAGACAAUAACUAAUCGGAGCCAAAUGGCGUCAGCUUGCGUCUUUUAGUGGCAGUCUCUUUUAAAAUGUUGCUCACUCAAAAGACCUGAUUCAAUUAAUUUUAAAAGUAUUAAGUAUAAAACGUAAACUUUACAUUUGAGAUUAAUAUUUGUUGUCUUUGCCCUGACCUUCUCCUACGGAUGAGCCGCUACUGCUUGCAACAUUUGAAUGACAGCUAAUGAUGGAAACUAGUCCAGCCCUAUAUCCAAGAAGCCCUUACACUAUAGUAACACAACUAACAAUAGGUUUUGCAAUGUAGCUUUUUUUAACCACCUUUUAAUAUAUUUCCUGUUAAUAUUCACCUGUGAAAGAAAAAGAGCAUUACAGCAUUAGAAUUAGCAUUGAUGCAUUAUUAUGGGACCAAGCAUCUUAACACUUUUAUCCUCAACUCUGUUUUUUAUUUUUGCGUCAUUUGGAAUAAU